ACUUCACUUCCUGAAAGAGGUUGAGUGGUUGUGACUGCGGCCCUGCGGCUUGUGUUUUGGAGCUGUUGAAGAGCUGAUAAAGAGCUGAUGAAGAGCUGAUGAAGAGCUGAUGAAGAGCUGAUGAAGAGCUGAUGAAGAGCUGAUGAAGAACUGAUGAAGACCUGUUGAAUACCUGAUGAAGAGCUGUUGAAUUGCUGUUGAAGAGCUGAUGAAGAGCUGAUGAAGAGCUGAUGAAGAGCUGUUGAAUUGCUGUUGAAGAGCUGAUGAAGAACUGAUAAAGAGCUGUUGAAGAGCUGUUGAAGAACUGAUGAAGAACUGAUGAAGAGCUGUUGAAGAACUGAUGAAGAACUGAUGAAGAGCUGUUGAAUUGCUGUUGAAGAACUGAUGAAGAGCUGUUGAAUUGCUGUUGAAGAGCUGAUGAAGAGCUGAUGAAGAGCUGAUGAAGAGCUGUUGAAUUGCUGUUGAAGAGCUGUUGAAGAGCUGAUGAAGAACUGAUAAAGAGCUGUUGAAGAGCUGUUGAAGAGCUGAUGAAGAACUGAUGAAGAGCUGUUGAAGAACUGAUGAAGAACUGAUGAAGAGCUGUUGAAGAGCUGAUGAAGACCUGUUGAAGAACUGAUGAAGAGCUGAUGAAGAGCUGAUGAAGAACUGAUGAAGACCUGUUGAAUACCUGAUGAAGAGCUGUUGAAUUGCUGUUGAAGAGCUGAUGAAGAGCUGAUGAAGAGCUGAUGAAGAGCUGUUGAAUUGCUGUUGAAGAGCUGAUGAAGAGCUGAUGAAGAGCUGUUGAAUUGCUGUUGAAUUGCUGUUGAAGAGCUGAUGAAGAGCUGAUGAAGAGCUGAUGAAGAGCUGAUGAAGAGCUGAUGAAGAGCUGUUGAAGAGCUGAUGAAGAACUGAUGAAGACCUGUUGAAUACCUGAUGAAGAGCUGUUGAAUUGCUGUUGAAGAGCUGAUGAAGAGCUGAUGAAGAGCUGAUGAAGAGCUGAUGAAGAGCUGUUGAAUUGCUGUUGAAGAGCUGAUGAAGAGCUGAUGAAGAGCUGAUGAAGAGCUGUUGAAUUGCUGUUGAAGAACUGAUGAAGAGCUGAUGAAGAGCUGUUGAAGAGCUGAUGAAGAGCUGAUGAAGAGCUGUUGAAGAGCUGUUGAAGAGCUGAUGAAGAGCUGAUGAAGAGCUGAUGAAGAGCUGAUGAAGAGCUGUUGAAUUGCUGUUGAAGAGCUGAUGAAGAGCUGAUGAAGAGCUGUUGAAGAGCUGAUGAAGAGCUGAUGAAGAGCUGAUGAAGAGCUGAUGAAGAGCUGAUGAAGAGCUGAUGAAGAGCUGUUGAAGAGCUGAUGAAGAGCUGAUGAAGAGCUGUUGAAGACCCCUCCUAUAGGUAUAAUAAAUAAGUGUCCAUUGUUCAUCGUACAAACAGAGCAGGUUAUGGCGCCGUCUGUCGUGUCUGUCUUUGUGAUUCUGUUGCUGCUCGUCGGCGUCGAGGCACAAGGGAGCAGAGUGACUGCUGUGUUGGUGCAGGAGGGAGAAGAUCUGCUCCUGGAGGCUGAAUAUAAUAAUCCUGAAGGUUUUUUCAUUGUUUGGUGGAGAUUCAACAAAACGGUCAAUUUAAUGAGAUUUGUACAUGAUAGAGAACCAGCUGUCUUUCCUGAUUUCACUGGAAGGAUUGAGUUUACUGGGAAAAGAUUCUCUGUGAAAUUAAAGAAUCUCCAGCUGGCAGACAGUGGAGUUUAUACUGCAGAAGUGGGACAUUAUGGAGGAGACCGCCCACUAGGAGACCGCCCACUAGGAGACCGCCCACUAGGAGACCGCCCACUAGGAGACCGCCCACUAGGAGACCGCACACUAGCUGAAUACAAGGUCACCGUUCAAGCUCCAGUGUCUCCAGUUAAGCUCUCCGUGGUCUCCGUGGUCUCCAGAAGCUCCGCCUCCUGUGACCUCACUGUGAACUGCAGCACACAGGACUCUCACAUCAGCAGCACUUUUACAUGCGUGGACGGAGCCUGCAGUCAGGAGGGAGGAGGAGGGCGAUCGGAGGUCACGACCUCUGGCGCUUCUCUCCAGGUCUACCUGUUGAAUAGCUCCAUCGUCUGUCACCAUAGCAACCAGGUUCACUGGACCAAGGACUUUAAAGGGACCCAACACGUUUGCUGCCAACAUGCUGGUUCAGAGGCGCCCUCUGCUGGUCCAUCGGUGUACCUGGUGAAGAUAGUCGUGUUCUCUGUGGGUCUGAUCAUCAUGGUGGCUGCCGUCAUCACCGUCCACCUCACGGAGAAGCUCCACAAGCACAAAUAAACUAAUUGUUUAUUUGAUCUCGUAAUGCUACUGAUGCUAUAUGAACUGAUGCUAUAAUGCUAUAUCACUGCUAGCAUGCUAUAUUACUGCUAUCAUACUACACCACUGAUCCCAUCCUAUAAUGCUAUAACACUGCUAGCAUGCUAUAUUACUGCUAUCAUGCUACACCACUGAACUCAUGCUAUAUUACUGCUAUCAUGCUAUACCACUUAUCUCAUGCAGUAAUGCUAUAUCCCUGUUAGUAUGCUAUAUUACUGCUAUCAUACUAUACUACUGAUCUAAAGCUGUACCACUGAACUCAUGCUAUAAUGCUAUAUUACUGCUAUCAUGCUACACCACUGAUCUCAUGCUAUAAUGCUAUAUUACUGCUAUCAUGCUACACCACUGAUCUCAUGCUAUAAUGCUAUAUUACUGCUAUCAUGCUACACCACUGAUCUCAUGCUAUAAUGCUAUAUUACUGCUAUCAUGCUACACCACUGAUCUCAUGCUAUAAUGCUAUAUUACUGCUAUCAUGCUACACCACUGAUCUCGUGCUAUAAUGCUAUAUUACUGCUAUCAUGCUAUACCACUGAUCCACAGCUGGUGGCAGCAACACAUCAAGAGGGAGAAGACUGCAAGCCAGCAAACAUGAAUGUAAACCAUUUAAGAUUGAAAGUAUUAAUAAAAUCAGCUUUGUAAAUGUUUCAUGUUGAUGGAAAUGUCCAAACGUUGACUCAACGAUGCAUUUGAGUGAGAAAAACUUAAUGUAAACAUUGUUUCUUCCAAACAAACCCAGUGAGAACCAAUAAAAUGACAUGUUAUGACCUUA